ACAAAAUAUGAGAGUAGACUUUUUUUCUAAGCCAUUCAUGGAUGAAGAGUUUCAAACAGUACCCUACUUCCAUGCCAAAUACAAAGUAGAGGAGAUUCCAGCUCAUUAUAUCGACAGAUGGCAGAACAAGGAUAUUGAAGAUCCUUCUCUAUCUUUACCGCCCCUUAACGAGUUCAUGCCAUCGCUAUUUUUUGAGGAGAUUAAACUUAUCAGUUUAAGGGACGAAGAUGAUGUUGAUGGUGAUACUUGUUUUGAUAUUUGCUUGAAUGAAGUGUCAAGCAAGCUUUUUCAUAGAGAAGACAGGUCGGCAUUGUUGUCAAAUACUUCAUUCAACCUUUACAUAAAUGUCUCUGAUAUUAAAGCCCAUAUGAGAGCUCUCAUUAUCAUUGAGAUGAUAAAAGAUGACUUAAGUGCCAUCUUAUUUAAAAAUAUCAUGGAUAAAAUGCAGAGAGAGUUCACUUCAUGGGAUAUUGUUCAACAAGCUUCUACAUUGUUGUCUGAUGUCCUUAUAGAUGGUAACAUUACCUUGGAUAAUAAAUUCAAGGUGUUGCAGAGUAUCACUUUUGAAGAUGUCAAACACUUCAAUUUUCUCUCUGAGGUGUUUUUCCAAAUGUCUUGCAAAGAAGACGAUUCUGGCAGAGAAACAACUUUCUUAGUCAUUUUAAAAGCAACCAUAGAGGUGUACUUGUACCGUGAGCUAAGGCAAAAGGAACGACUUGGUUAUGAAAUUGGUUGUGGUGUUCAUCUCAAUUCUGGCAUGAGAGGAUUCUUUGUGUAUGUGGUCUCUACAAUUCGCCAACCUAAGUAUUUGUUGGAACGCAUAUACGCCUUCAUUGGUACCGUUGGUGAAUUCUUGGAGGGUGUUGAUGAGAGCGGCUUUGAAAGUUACAAUUUUAAUUCAGAUUCAUGGCAUGGAACUCGAUGGCGGAAAAGCUUUAUGGCUACGAUGUCUCCCUUUCAUGAUGAUGUUCUCUUAUUGGGAUCAUAUGCAUCACAAAUGAUUCUGCUCUUUUUCAAGACCAGUGCCGGCCUUGAGGGGUUCCAAUGUUCAAAGUGUGAUAAAUUUAUCAAAAGCAAAGAUGAAAAGCAUUUUAGAAUCAUAGAGACUCCAGAGAUGGUGAAAUUGGAAAUGGAUCAUCAUCGUGAUUACUUUAACCUUCAAUCCUUAUAUUCUAAUCUUCUCUUUGACGAGUCUUCUGAAGAGACUCAGCUAGCCUGCGUACAAGUAAUAAGGAGAAUUCUUGGCCACACAGCCCCAAUAUUCUGGCUGACCAGCCGUCCAAAUGUGGUAAGAAAUUUUGCAGAAGCUGUUUUGGGUGUUGAAACUGAACAACUUGUGAGGAAAAUGGUCCAUGUUGUUCUUCCUAAGCUCUUGGUAUAUUGGCAGGAAAAUGCUCAAGCAGCCAAUACCUUGAUCGAACUAGCCAAGUUAUUAGACACAGAUGUGGUACCUCUUAUAGUAAACUACAUGGCUCAUGGGAAGAUCUUAUGGUAUCUAUAAAAAAUCUAAAAUUAAGUUAAAAGGUAUUU